AUACAAAUGGCGGCAACACCUCCCUCUCUCUCGGCUCCAACACCGACCGCAGGCUAAAAUUAGCGAGAGACGUGUGGUGGGUGAAGCAGGGGGCGUGGCGGCGAUGUGGCAUUCUCGAUUGGGAGGAGGGGGAGGAGAGAAGAGAGGAGGAGGGAGAGAGGGUGCAAAGUGGGUUGGGUGAUCACGACCUGAUGGGGUCGUGGCGCAAGGCCUACGGCGCCCUCAAGGACUCUACCAAGGUCGGUCUCGCCAAGGUCAACAGCGACUUCAAGGAAUUGGAUAUUGCGAUUGUGAAGGCGACCAACCAUGUCGAAUGCCCUCCCAAGGAACGGCACGUCAGAAAAAUAUUCUUCGCAACCUCAGUAAAUCGCCCUCGCGCAGACGUUUCGUACUGCAUAUAUGCAUUGGCAAGAAGAUUGUCCAAGACAAAGAAUUGGAUAGUUGCUUUGAAGACAUUGAUAGUGGUACAUAGGCUUCUGAGAGAAGGUGAUCCUACAUUCAAAGAAGAAUUCCUUGCCUAUUCAUACAGGGGAAACAUUUUGCAUAUAGCCAAUUUCAAGGAUGAGUCGAGCCCAUUAGCUUGGGAUUGCUCUGCAUGGGUUCGCACCUACGCGCUCUUCCUGGAGGAACGGCUCGAGUGCUUUAGGGUUCUAAAAUACGACAUCGAAACCGAGCGCUUGGUGAAAUCUCCCCAGUGUUCUAGCAAGGCACAUACUAAAACAAGGACCUUACCUUGCCCUGAUCUUUUGGAGCAGUUGCCUGCACUGCAGCAGCUGCUUUUCAGGCUUAUAGGCGUCCAGCCUGAAGGUGCUGCCUGCUCAAAUUACCUUAUUCAAUAUGCACUAGCCCUGGUUUUGAAGGAGAGCUUCAAGAUCUACUGUGUAAUUAAUGAUGGCAUCAUCAAUCUUGUUGAUAUGUUCUUCGAGAUGCCAAAGUAUGAUGCUAUCAAGGCUCUGGCUGUUUAUAAACGAGCAGGCCUGCAGGCAGAAAACCUUGCUGAAUUCUAUGACUUGUGCAAACAUCUUGAGCUUGCCAGGACAUUCCAGUUUCCUACUCUCAGGCAGCCACCCCCAUCAUUCCUAGCAACAAUGGAAGAGUACAUCAGAGAAGCACCCCGUCUCUCAGUUAAGAGUGUGGAGAGUGAGGAGAGGAAGCUACUGACCUAUAACCAAGAAGCUCCAAAGGAGCCCGAAAAGCCGGCGGAAGAGGAGAAAGAAGAGCCUGCAGAGCCUGAACAAGAACCAGAACCUCAACCUGAGCCAGAAUCAGAACCCCAGCCACUGGAAACAACUGGAGAUCUACUAAACUUGGAUGCAGAGGUGAAUCCUUUGGUCGCGGAACUCGAAGAAAGCAAUGCAUUGGCACUUGCCAUUGUGGCUCCAGGUGAUCAAAACAAGGCCUCAACAUCUAAAAAUCUGUUUGAUGGCAACACAUCUGGAUGGGAGCUGGCACUGGUCAAUGCUCCAAGCACCCAUACUAGCCAAGCAGCCGAGACUAACUUGGCUGGAGGCUUUGACAAGCUAUUACUCGACAGCCUCUACGAAGACGAGGCAAGGAGGCAACAGAUCACCAGCGUGACCUACACCGGUAGCCUUGGAGCAUCCAACCCGUUCGACACCAAGGAUCCAUUUGCCAUGUCCAGCAGCUUUGCGCCACCGUCUAAUGUUCAGUUAGCAAUGUUGUCUCAACAGCAGCAGUACUACCAGGCACAGCAGAAUCAGCAGUAUUUCCAGCCACAGCAACAGUAUUUUCAGGCACAACAGCAGCAACUGAACCAGCGGCAGCCAAAUAUGUACCAGCAGCAGCAUCAGUAUUCUGCACCUCCCUACGGACCUUCAAAUCCAUUUGGUGAUCCUUUCAGUGACCUUGUAGCAAUGGCUGCUCCAGGAAAACAAGGCAACUCAAGUUUUAUCUGAGCUGGUCACUCCUUUCUGGUCAUUAUCACUUGAGUAGAGCAACAACCUGUACAGCUUGAGUUUAUUUGCUGGAUUAAGAUGUUGUAUAUUAAUAUUUUUUUGCAGCAUCCACAUUUGGAUAUAACAUGACAAGUACACGUUCUAUAGUAUCAUAUUUUACUACAUUGAAACUUAUGCAUGAACAAGAGGCUCACUGUAUACUGAAACCAUGCAGCGAUACAGGAAAGAAAUUGCACAAAGUAAUGGUACACUCACCAUGAUCCAAAGUUACUGCACACGUUCAUAUCAAUGGCUUCAGAGUGUUAUGAAG